AUGAGUUCCAGAGCACUCCGGCGUCUUCAAAAACAGAAAGAAGAGACCGAGCUUGAUGUUCUGAGUCUGGAUACCGAAGAACAACCGAAAAAGGCUUUUAAUGCAUUUUCAGUACUAGGUGGAGACGACCUGGGUUCAGACACCGAAAACGAACAAAUUGAAAUUGAUGAACCGCCAGUAGAGAAGAAACCCGUAAAGACGAACAAGAAGAGCAAGAAGAAGAAGAAAAAGGGAAAAAAGAAGGAAGAAGUUAAGGAAGAAGUUACAGAGCCUGAAGAUUUUAACGGUGUCUCUGAUGACCAUCUUAGUGAUGCAUUUGAAGAUAUUAUAGAACCUGAGCAAUACGACGACGGUGACCCUGAUAAUGAGUUUGGAGACGACGAGACCUUGCGUGACGAUGAUGCCAACUUUCUAAAUUUGACUACAAAAAAAUUAAAAGCGUCGCUACCAUUGCUUUCUGUCAAGACCUCAAAAGCAUUAGAUCCUGAUCACGAGUUGAAAAAUUUGUUCGGAAAUUUGUCACAAGAGACAAUUGAUGACGCAAACAGUACCUCUUCUCUUGCAAUUUCUCCUGAAGUGUUGGCACAGUUCAAGAAGUUGGCAAGUCUUACUCGUGGAUGGGGAGGAAAGGACCGUCGAAGUGUACCAGGAACGACUAGAAAACUUUUGAUGACAAAGAUUAGAGAUGACUGGCUACCCACACACCGCAAAUCGAUGACGAUGAAGGAGUCAGAAGAAGAUGAAAUCAUCGAGUUUUCACUUUAUAAAGAUGACAUCGGCAUAGCACCACAAGACUUCAAGAAAAAAGUCGAUAGAGAGAGAAAAAUGGGUAUCAAGUACUUCAAGUUUGAAAAAGCUACUACAUCGCAAGACAAGGCUGCAGAUAGCCAGUUCAUUGCAUCUGUCAAGGUCAUGUCGGACCACGAUGCAUUGAUACAACAAUUGCAAAGACACCCAUAUCACGUCGAGACCUUGUUACAAGUAGCUAUGAUUCUCCUUAGACAAGGAGGUGACAAAGCUACGAGCAAUGCGCUUGUUGAAAGGUGUUUAUUUAUCUUUGACCGAGCCUUACAUCCCAAAUUGCAUCAACUACUUUUGGAUGGUAAAUCGGAAUUGAUAAGGCUUCCUUACGAGCGCUAUGCUAACCGUCAAUUUUACCUAUGUUUGUUCAGAUACAUCGUGGCGUUGGGAGAGAGAAACUUGUUUCUGACAGCAUUGAAUUAUUGCAAGCUUUUAUUGGGGUUUAGUCCUGGAGAAGAUCCGGUUGGUGUUAGGUACUACAUCGACUUCUACGCCAUUUUGAGUGAAGAAUACGAGUUUUUGAUUGACUUUGCAGACUCGUAUCUAGUUACGUGCUAUGACAAUUGGAACACUCCCGGUAUUGCAUUUUCAACAGCAUUAGCCCACUUGCGACUUGGGAACCUUGAGAAAGCCAGGAGCCAACUAAAGGCUGCCUUUAUGCGCCAUAGGUAUACGGCUUUCAGGCUAGCAGAGCAAGUGCAGGUGAGUGACGUUGGAGUCAAAGAAUCCGAAGUAGAAGCGAACGGACGAGAUAUUUUGGAAGCUGAGACAUACAUGAUACGAAGCAAAAUGAUGUGGAACGAUACAAAGAGCAUUGAUUUCUUGCGAAACGAAUUGACAGCAUUGUGGACUCAACAUAAACCUGAAUCUAGAGGCUUUUUCUCGUCAUGGAUGCGACCCUCAGCAUCUGAAGCUCGUCCCAUAUCUACAAAUCUUCUUAGAUUUUCAAUUCUCUCUGGAGAGGGUUCCUUAAUGUCUAAAAUUCCCUCAGAGGUAUGGGAAGGAGAGACGUUCGAAUACGAUUUGUUUCCUCCUCAAGCGCCCGAAAGCUCAAAAGUGGUAGAUUAUUUGGAGGACUACGUGCACAAUCUUUCAGAGCAAUUGUUGGCGCAAUUGAACAUAGAAGAUGCGCUUAGCGACAUAGACUAG